GUUAUGGUGAAAGCAGCAGAAAAACUAGGAUAUGGGUCUUAUUCCGCUCAAGAAACGAUUAAAACUGAUUUCAGCGUUGCCAGAGACGCCACAGUGAAGCUAAUAGAAGCGGUACCCGACUCUGUUUCAUUAUCAUUCACGCCUGCUCUUGGUGCAACUGCUCACACUAUUGAGGUAUUUCGUGUUGGCGAAGAGGAAUCGAGUAAAAUAGAAACCGAGAAAGACUCGUUGGUUAUUGAUAAACUGGAACUGGCAACGAAAUACGGGAUUAAUAUCACAUCCAAAUAUGGAGCCGAGACAGGAAAACCAACUAAAGAUCCCAUCAGAAUUCUGACAGUUCCAGCGAAACCGGAUUACCGUGAUAUUCAUUAUGUUUUGGACAACGGUAAACCGGAAAGUAAAUUUUUGCUGGCCUGGAAGUCACAGGAACAUUGCGAAAAGCAUGAAGUAUUGAUCAAAUGCGUAUGCGAAAGUGGAAGCCGUGAAGAGCAAGUUUUGAGUUCAGAAGGAGAUAAAGCAAGUUUGUUUUGCCAGGCCUUGCAUAAAGGUUGCGAGUGCUCUGUCUAUAUUCGUGAAAGAAAUAAAAGUGGAUUUGGAGAAUGGUCUAAAGAGAAGAUUGCCCGUAGCAGUUUUACGAGCUCUCAAAGAAUGAACAAGCAAGCAUAUAGAGCAGCAGCUCCUGAGGCUCCAGAUAAAGCGAGAAAACUGCGGUUGUACCAUGAAGACGACAUAUUGCGAGCCAAAUGGGAAGCAAGUGAAAACGCAAGCAGCUACCAAGUCACACUAUUCGAAGAAGGCGAGAAAGUGAAGCAAGUUACAUGCAAAUCUGUUGAAACAACAUUCACGAAUUAUGUCGCACAACCUGGUGCGUUUUAUACCUGUGAGGUCACCCCGUUCAACAUUGAUGGAAUUGCAGGAAAGAAUACGAUAUCGGAAAAGUGUUUCAUACCUCUCCUCCCACCUUCCAACGUGAAAUACAAAUUUAGUGACACGGAACACGAUCGCGUUCUGAUUUUAUAUGAAAAGUCAAAUGGAAUGAAGACAGCUCUGGUAGUUAUGUCACAUCCGAAGGAAAAAGAUGUUACGUUUAAUGGGGAGAACUCUUGUAUUUCCCCGCCUCUUAGUGACGGAAGAACUUAUAAUUUCAAAAUCUGGGCGAUGAACGGGAAUCUCCAAAGUCCGAAGCAUUACGCUGGGACCAUAGUUACACGUCCAAAAGACGUCACCAUCUCACGCCCUCUAGUGGACCCAACAACUAAUUUGGAACUGGAGAUACAUUCGGACCAUAGGGAAGCUUUUAUUUUGAAGAUCAAAGGGAGGGAUCUCGACGAAUAUGAAGAGAUUGUUCAAGAAAGAAAAACAAUUUUGAAAAAUCUACUUCCCGCGACACAUUACGUUAUUCGCGCCUCUUGUGUCUUAAAAGAUGUGAAAACGCCAGAAAAGUCGAGUCCAUCUGUGGCCACACUACCAGGAAAAGUGACCGGCGUAAAAUGCGAACCAGAUGAAAAAUCUCAAAACAAGGUUCUCAAAUGGAACAAAUGCAAGGAUGAUACAGUGCAUUACACAAUCAGGUUAUGGAAAAACGAUCAACUACUGGAGCCCGUCACCACAAUGAAAUCGGAGUAUGCGUUUAAGGACUUGCAACCUGGGAGCUUCACAUUCCGUGUUUCAGCUGGAGGAGGAGAGGAAUCUGACCCUUGUCACUUUGUAGUCACGGAAUCUCCCGAAGUUCAAGUCAAGAUCAUCGAGUGGAACGCUGUUCUUAUCGCCUGGUCAAGAAUCGAAAAGGCCACUUCGUACUUGUGUGUUCUGUCGUCCGGAACCAAAAGUGAAGAGUUCAAAAUUGAAAACGAUACAGAAAUCUGGGUGGAUAAGAAUUCAUUUCAAUUCAAACGAAGUGAGAAAUACACUGCGACAAUCUGGGCACUCUGGAAUGAGCACUAUAGCGCUCCCUCGCGGUUCAAUUUUAUAACAGGUCUAGAUGUCCCAACUGAAAUUAAAUCGGAGUGGAAAUGGGCGGACCCAGAUCGGAGAACAAAACCAACUGGAGCCGUGAAAUUCAAAUGGAAGCCGUCGCCCUAUUCGCGUAUGUUCGCCGUCAAGGUGACCGAUUUUGAAGGAAAAAUUGUGGAUUCCGCUGAAGUGGCAAGACCUGCUUGGAAGUGCUUGAAUUUGAGACCGGGAAAGGAACAUCGAAUCCAUAUAAGGCCGGGGAAUGUUCAUAAGUUUUUUGAGAACUCCACAAGUGCUACUUUCAUUACAGCUCCACCGGCCCCAACUAAAUUGGAAACAAGAGUCAACAUUCUAAAUAAAACAUCGUCCAUUAAUGUUAUAAUAACAUCAGAUUAUGACGGACCCUUCAUUACAAAAGCCUAUAAAGACAAGAAAGGGAAACGAGGCGAUGUACAAUCCGUACAUGUUGGUUGCAGCAAGACGUUUACGAUUCAAAACUUAGAACCUGGGCAAAGAUAUUACUUCUCCUCACAGUCUAUCUAUGGAACGUACGAGUCAAUGCCUACUUUCCGUGUUGUUUCGUGA